CGGGAGACGGCGAGAAACCGGAAGCGAGCGGGGCGGGGCGGCGAGGAGCUGCGCUGGCGCGGGCUCCCCCGCUCCCAGCCUCUCCUCGCAGGCCGGUCGGGUGGCGGCGGUGCCAGUGCCGUCAUGGGUUGCUGCUUCUCCCGCCGCGGCAAGCCUGCCCAGGACCGGCAGCAGCAGCAGAAGCAGCAGCAGCAGCAAGAGGCGCCGGGGGGAGCCGGCCAAGAUGAGGCGGCUGGAGAGGAAAAGGCGCCGCAGUACAGCUGGGACCAGCGAGCCAAGAUUGACCCCAAAGAUUACACAUUUUCUGGACUUAAAGAUGAAACUGUGGGCCGGCUGCCUGGAAAAGUAGCAGGGCAACAAUUCAUCAUUCAGGAUUGUGAGAACUGUAAGAUCUACAUAUUUGACAAUUCUGCUACAAUCACUAUUGAUGACUGUGUAAACUGCCAAAUCUUUUUAGGACCAAUAAAGGGCAGUGUGUUUUUCCGUGACUGCAAAGAUUGUAAAUGUAUAGUGGCCUGUCAACAGUUUCGCGCUCGGGACUGCAAAAAGCUGGAGGUAUUUUUGUGCUGUGCCACCCAGCCCAUUAUCGAGUCCUCCACUGGUAUGAAAUUUGGAUGUUUCCAGUACUAUUAUCCUGAGCUUGCUUUACAAUUUAAAGAUGCUGGACUGAGUAUCUUCAAUAACACAUGGAGCAACAUCCAUGACUUUACCCCUGUGUCAGGAGAAAAUAACUGGGGCCUUUUGCCUGAGAAUGCUGUAGUCCAAGAUUAUGUUCCUCUGCCCAGCUCUGAGGAGCUGAAAGCUGUCAGAAUUUCUACCGAUGUUACAAGGAGCAUAAUACCAGUAACUCGAGGGCAGAGACAGAAAAACAGUGAUGAAUCGUGUUUGGCUGUGUUUUUCGCUGGUGACUACACAACCGCAAAUGCCAGGAAGUUAAUUGAUGAGAUGAUUGGUAAAGGCUUUCAGCUGGUACAGACUAAAGAAGUUUCCAUGAAGGCAGAGGAUGCUCAGAGAGUUUUCCAGCAGUGUGCAUCGGAAUUCAUUUCACUCCUUGAAAAAGGUCCAGUGAUUGCUUUGGAGUUUAAUGGAGAUGGUGCUGUGGAAGGAUGUCAAAGCAUUGUAAAUGAUGUUUUCAGUGGGACCAAGGUUUUUGUGUCAGAAAGCAAGGCAUCAGCAUCUCAAGAUGUAGACAAUUUCUACAACUUUGCUGACAUGCAGAUGGGAAUGUGAAGUUUAACAUGAAGGUGUUCACGUACGGUUUGUCUCAGCACUUGGAUGUCACUUGGCUUGAAUGUUGCAGUAGUAUCUGAGAAGUUUUGUCAUUUGGUUUUGUAUUACUUAUAUAUCCUUUUAUAAAGCUAUUGGUGGUUGUCAUACCACAUUACCUGAACUGGAGUAAAUGGCAUAGCUUCCAAUGUGUGUUGUGUUUGAAACUUACAUUUCAACUCCAGAGACAAUGGAGGUUUUCUACUAACUUUUUACAGUGAUUUCUAAAUUUCUGUUGACGCUUAAAUAUUCCUUAUCAACAUCUAAUGGUAAUACACACUUGAGAAGUGCAGUGCUCGUACAAAUUUGAUGCAGUAGUAAUUGUUCCCUUUAAUGCAGACAUGUUGUUUAGAAAGUGCAUUUAUGUGAAACUCGCUGCUUAAAACUCCCACAUGCAAAUUUGUCUUCACUGGGGGCCAGGGAGGAAGCUGUAGUCGUUGACUUUUUCUGAAUGCUAUUUUGAAAUGAAUUCUCCUUGUAGCAUGCUUUCAGAAGCAGUGCAUGACUUAUAAAAUGUACAUCUGUAUUAUUCUGCUUCAGCAUCUUUCUUGAGUAGUUUGCAGCAGUAUUUAUGCCGAGAACUAUCAUAACAGUGUUGUGGUAAGUGAGCACUUGGCAGGCUCUUCUGCUUUGAGAUGAAUUCUGAGCAUGAGUGCUCCACUGAAGAUGCUCUAAGGUCCACUCAGGGUCUCUGGUGACACGACUGCCUCCGGUAUUCCCAAGCCAUGUAUGGAAUAUACAUGAGGUUCCUUGGGACUUGGAGCAUGAAGUUUCUGGUACUGUUGUUUGCUAGAAGGGCCAUAUAGCAACCAGGAGUCAGAGAAGGGCUCUGAUGGCAUUAAAAUAACUCUUUCUUGCUAGACCCCCAGGGGAACAGUGUUACACUCAGUAGUAGUACUGAAAAUUUGGCUGCAAAGUACUACAUACAGCUGUAGGGUUUAUUUUGUGUUGAUUCUUAAAACAGACCUGAGAAGUGCUACUAGCAUUUUGGGAGAUACAUUUGUUCUGUAAGGGUGUUUAUUGCUAUAUAGUACAUAUUAGAAUGCAAACCUAUAUGAAUAUUAAAUACAUGAUUGAUUUAUUUUUGUACAUUACAUCCUUACUGAUUUUUCUAUAUGUACUUAAAGUUUAUGUCAAAGUUUACAAGCCCUCUGUAAUACUUGAACAGUUUGCAUGUGCAGACACACAAAACCAAAUUUCUUAAUUAAACCAGUAGCUUGCCAGUU